UGAAGGAAGUGGUUGUUUUUCGUACAACUCGCGUUGUUGCGUUGAUUAAACGUGGAGAUAUUUUUAUUUCUUUUUGUGAUCUCUGGAUUAUGAUUGAACUUGAGGUUUUGAAGUUACGGAUUAACAGCUAAUUUUGGAAUACUGGAUUGUUUUUAAUUUUUACACCAUUGGAUAACUGUAAAUCCCGUGGAGAUUUUCUUUUUUUCUGCUUCUACAGAUUUUUUAAUAUCUCAAGGCAAACGUUCGAAAGAUGUGCGCAUGUGUCUUAAGACUUUCCAAAUUAUAUUACUGGAUAGAAAAGCAGCUGAGAUGCUAAGCAGUGUUCUCUAACUUCUUUGUGUGUUUUUACAGAUAUCUCAUUAUAUCUUAAUUUCUGUCAGGAAUGGAACACUACAAAACAAAUGAAGUCAUUUACCAAACUUGCAAAAACGGGAACGUCAAAAACUACCAAGAAAAACCGGAACAGAUCUACUCCGACCCACAGAUCGUGACUAAGAACUCAAACAACGAAAAAUAUGCCGUGAAAUUCAUUAUGGAAAAAUACGAUUCCUUGCGAUGUCUCAACAGCCAAAUUGAUAACUUUCACAUUUCAUCGGAAUCGGGAGAUUCCGUAACGAAGGGUUCCUUUGAUGGCCGACUAGAAGAUGCAAAUGAAGAAUAUGAAGAUUACGAUGAAAACAGUUGUGUUUUCGAGAGCGGAGAAUUAUCGGAGCAAGACAUUAUGCAAGUCGAGGUAUUUUUUCGUAGCCAUAAGACUCAUGUCUCUGUGUGCCGCUGUCUGGCUAAUUUAUAUUUCACAUCCGCGGACAGCAACCAGAAACCUAAAGAAUGGGAAUUAGCAAGGACUGGAAUUCCAGUUCUCCUCUUGGACAAAGGUGAUACCCGCGCCCGAAACAAGAGAAUGCUUCAAAUUGUGUUGGCAGAAAAAGGUUCUGGUUUUGUGUUGUGGAAAGACGUUAUAGAUAAUCUUUCGAACUACAAAGCUGAGGAAAGUAGCACGUUCCACACCAUGUACCUAUCCAGCGACCACAGGAAAAUGGCUGGACUUAGUUUUGACGUCUUAGAGGCAGCCGAGAAGUUCCUACACGAAAUAGAACAGCUAACGGCGGAUCCUUUGAAUAUCUGCCUUUCUGUUCCAAAACAAAAAAAGAAGAAGCAGAAGUCUGUGAAGAAAAAAGAAAAAGUGAAACAACCUAGAAAAUGUGACAUUUCCACGCCAUGCUGUUUCCAGCACGUUACCAGUGUUGCUCUGGACGAUAAGAAAAAGCUCUUCUCAAUAGCAACUCUUGUGUCUCCUGGUGAGCGUGUCAGUUCGUAAUAAGCGACGGGCCAUUUGAUGUUUCUGAAACGAGACUGAACGUCAAGACAUAAUGGCCAGUCAAUAUGCAUUUAACUUGUGGCGAAACUGUGGAUUUUUAUGCUUCGGUAGUUUUACUCUUGCAAGCAGAUUCGCCAAAACUUGUGCAUCUGGAAAAUCUAUUGAUAGAGUAGCUGAAGUGUAGAUAUCAAGAGUUAAUUAUUUCUUUAAGGGAAACUUUCUGAAAAUAAAUCUUUUUGAAGCGAGACGGUUCUCAGCCUUGUACGAUUCGCAGAAAGUUGAACUUUCUUGAACUUACUGGGACUAAUUUGAUUAAGUCAUUGCUCCUCUGGUCAUUUUUUUUUGUAAUUUGUGAAAAACAUUAAGUCGUGUUCCAAAUUUGGCUAUUAAAGAGUAAGAAAAGAAGUAAUGCUUUUAUGAUAGUAUUUUUUUAAAUAUUUCCGUGUUCUUUUAAAUAGUAUUUGCUGUACAGAUAAGUAAAUCUAAUUUAAGGAAAGCAUUUUAAAAUUUUUAUAAUAAAAUUUUAUGCAGACAGUAUGUGAUAUAUCAUUUACGCAAUCAUGCUUUUAAAUGAAUUCGAAAUAAAAUGAUAUUAGUAUAAA